AUGGACGACGCAAGUAGCUACAGCUUCCAUCAACAAACAAAACACAUAGCAGCAAAGCUUCAAUUCAUGAACAAGUUUCUCACCUCCCAAGUGUAGCACCCGCAUCGAAAACAAGCCUACGCCUCCGUCCAGAUCUUAACGAUAGAGAUGGAUCCAAACGCAGUGAAGUCCACUCUGUCAAAUCUUGCGUUCGGAAACGUAAUAGCGGCAGCUGCGCGUGAUUAUCAGAAGGAAUUGCUUGCUCAAGAGAAGGGACAGGCAUCCAGUUCUGUAAAUGAGGAGGUUGACCUUGAUGAGUUAAUGGAUGAUCCUGAGUUGGAAAAAUUGCAUGCGGAUAGGAUUGCAUCUCUUAAGAAAGAAGCAGAGAAACGGGAGGCAUGGAAGAAAAAAGGUCAUGGGGAAUAUAGGGAGAUAACUGAGGGCGAUUUCUUAGGUGAAGUUACUGGAAGUGAAAAAGCGAUUUGUCAUUACUACCAUAAGGAGUUCUAUCGAUGCAAGAUAAUGGAUAAGCAUUUAAAGUCCCUUUCAGCAAAACAUAUUGAUACAAAGUUCAUCAAGCUUGAUGCAGAGAAUGCGCCAUUCUUUGUUGCAAAACUGGCAGUCAAGACUUUGCCUUGUGUCAUACUGUUCAGACAAGGAGUUGCAGUAGAUAGAUUGGUAGGAUUUCAAGAUCUAGGAGGGAAAGAUGAUUUUACCACAAAAUCGCUGGAGGCUCUGCUGAUCAAGAAAGGCAUUAUUGAUGGGAAGAAAGAUGAGGACGAUGAAGAUGAUGGAUAUCAUGAAAGUACACAUAGAACUGUUAGAGCCUCCGUGCUUGCCGAUUCUGAUUCUGAUUCAGAUUAAAAUUAAUCAACUCAUAGCAUUAUGAAAAAAGAAUCUACAGUUUAUCUUGUUCAUAUCUUUUUGGAUUUCUGGCUUGUAUAAUCGUUGAUGCAUAUUUUCUGUUUGUUUGCUUAUGGAAGGGUUUGAACCCGUUGCAGUCAUAGUUUUUCUAAAGAAAUUGA